AUGAACAACCUCGAAGCUGAUAUCAAGAGAAUCCAAGCUUUGGUUCAGCAGAAGUCUCCAUUGGAUGCUGGCACUUUGCCACAAUUGUUCCAACAGACCUACGGGAUGCCCCUAAAGCACAAGAAUCAUGGAGUUUCCAAGCUCAAGGACUUGCUUGUAAAAAUUCCAAAGAUCGAAAUGCGCUUCCAGAAAAGGGGCGCGCCUUUAGUUCUAAUUUGGCGGAGGGGAAGCACAUCCAUGGAGUUUUCUAGCCCUCCUCACAACCCGCCAAACGAAGCAGUGGAAAGGCCAGCAGUGUCCAUGGUCAACAGCAGUGAUGACCAUGCUCUUUCCAAGUAUCCAUGGCUACAAGAUGCCGUUGAUCUCUGGGUUUCCAGAGCUUUGAAAGCUUGUAAGCAGGUAAACGCCGGUUUUGAUGGCCAUCCUUUACCCGUGGAGAAUUUGGAGAUUCGGUUGGGCAAAGAAGCGGAGAAAAGCAAAAAGCUCCGUCCUAAUGGUGUUCCAGAAGAAAGAGUAUAUGUCAAGCAAACUCUGAAGUUGCUCAGAAAAGAUCCAAGACUUCGUUGUGAGAAGAGUUUGAAGGGCUAUCUUUACUGGCCAGCGAAUCCGAGUGAGAUACGGGACACCUCUCAGCCUGGCGAUAGUGACGAGCAGCAGGCAACGCUUAGCCAAACUGUACCCUCUCAGGAUCAGCCCUGGUUGCGCGCUCAUUUGGAUUACUGGCUGCAAAGACUCCGAGGUCAGUUCGCUGCUUUGAACGACAAUGAUCCUGACUUUGGCGUUCCAGUGAGGGAUUUCCAGCAUGUCGUCCGCGACCAGGCUCCCCAGAAGAUUGCUGAGAUUGAAUUAGAUGAUCCACCAACCCCUGAACUAUACACAGGGGAGUUGAUAUACGCUCUCAAAGCACACCCCCACAUUUCGAGUGUACUGGUACAUGAGACAGGGGAGUGGUUGUGGUUCUGGACACCGCCAUGGGUGCAGGGCGCCAAAGAGCGCGAGGUUGUCAAUUCUGGCGUCUCUAGCAGCGUGGACGAUGCAGAGGAGUGGACUGAAGAGGAAGAGGCUGAAGUCAAUUCUCGUGUCUCCAGCAGCGUGAGUGAUGCCUAUGAGCAGGAAGAGGAAGUGUUCGAUCCGCCCGGGCGUCAGGAAAACCAGCUCCUGCGAGGACAACCAGUGCCCCAAGCAGAAGGGUCAAUACCCCAACCAUCGUCUGAUGAAGCAGAACGGGGUGCUCAUUAUUGCCAACCCACAGAAGAGACGAAGCAUCUGCUCCACAAUCAAACGCCACAUCAGCCAAAUCUUCAGGAGGUUGUCGGCUUGGCGGCAAUGUCCAAGAUACCUUGGACCAACGCCGCAACAUCAGAGAUUCCUUGGACCAACGCCGCAACAUCAGAGAUACAUUGGACCAACGCCGCAACAUCAGCUCUCCUAAGAAGGCCGCCGCCGAAUGUACAGCCGCUCGACAAGAUCAGGGCUUAUUUUACAACUGACAGUCAUGGUGGUGGACAAUUUGAUACUCGAGGGAUGUGCAUAGGAGACGAAGAAACGGCAGAAUCUUUCUAUGAAGCGGCAUUGCUUGGCCGACUUCGCACAAGCGAAGAUAGUCGAUCGGUCACCAGCCAGCCUCCAGUUUAUAUCAACACCCAUGAGCCAUUCUGUCUCGCAACUGUCGGGGUACAGGGAGCAGGGAAAAGCCACACGCUUGCCUGUAUAAUAGAGAGUUGUUUGCUAUCCUUCGAAAUGGAGAAAGUGUCCAGAUUGAAGAACCCCAUGACCACAUUGGUAUUGCAUUACGAUCAAAACACAACAUCAAUAUGCGAAGCAGCAGGGUUGCUCUCACCCGCUCCUGUGUUGAAAGAGAAUCUUGCUGAGCUCUCAAGACUAUGCUGCGUCCCAUCGGCAAAGGCAACUAUUCUUGUUUCGCCCACAUACUACAAGCAACGGAAGGCGUUCUAUGGCGACCACUGCACAGUGCGCCCACUCUUGUUCCGGUGGCACACCCUCACUGCGGACCACAUCAAAAGGAUCAUGAGAAUCGGAGCAGCCGACAACCAACUUUAUGUGGCAUCCUUAAUGACUUUGCUUCGCAAAUAUCAGAGGGCGCACGUCGUUCCCGAUUUUGUGGACUUUAUUGAGGAAGUCAAGACAGUUUGUAAUGUUCAAGGACAGCAGGGCCCUCUCAGUCAACGGCUUGCUCUGCUAGAGUCUGUCAUUGCUGAGUCUGAAGUGAACAGUGACAUUGCCGCGGAGAGCAUGGAUGUUUCCCAAGCUUGCGAAGAUGGCCUCCUCUUAAUCAUUGCUGAUCUCACGGACCCGUUGCUCUCUAAGGAAGAAGCCAAUGGUCUCUUCCAGGUAAUCACAGAGCAAUUUCGUUCCAUUCCAAUCAAGGCAGGCAAGCUGCUGGCUCUGGAUGAAGCCCAUAAGUUCAUGGUUGGUGAUGACUCUGAUGGUUUGAGUGAGGCUAUUGUAAAUGUUGCUCGUCUCAUGCGACAUGAUGGCGUGCGCUUGGCGGUGAGUACCCAGAGUCCAAAGGCCCUUGCUCCAGAGCUUUUGGAGCUGGUAAGCAUUGCGGUUCUUCAUAGAUUCCACAGCCAGGAUUGGUGGACCUACUUGAGGAGAAAGAUGCCCUUGCCAGAGAGCGCAUUUGAAGACGUCUUGUCCCUCAGGGCAGGGAAUGCCCUGGUGUUUGCCUCGAGGCCUUCCUUUUCAAGUACAGCUUUGGAUGGGUCAAUUUCCAGGUUGCUCCCAGUUCGAAUCCGCCCCCGCCUCACUGCAGAUUUUGGCUCUAGUCGCACCAACAACUAA